UGUGAAAAACUCAAGCAAGAAAAGGAGAACGUGGAGGAUAGAUUAGCUCUGCAGAGCAGUAAAUUAGAAGAAAUGUCAAGUGAAAAAGCAAGGCUUUGUGAAGAAAUUCAGAAUGUUAAAGAUGAGCUAGAAAUGACGAAGAGCCACGCAGCAGAACAGAUGACAAAUAUUGAAGACGUUCAAGUACAGGUGAGAAGUUGUUUUGUUUUUUCGUCAUUGACAAUAGAUCGUCUCUCUCAAGUUUGCUGUUAAGUAGCAGGACAGCCAUGAUAAGGAAAAACAAUCAGGUAAAAAUCUCAAGUCUUUUUAGUCAGUAUUAUAAUAGGUCAGAGGACUUUUUUUUCAGGUUGCCCCAGGGUUUCGAGCAAACUUUAUAUAAAAACGCGUUUCAUCCAAAAAAAAAACAAUGUAGUCGAUCGAUUUUCCUUCUCCAAAUCUCGUGAAAACGUUAAACAGACAGAAAGUGAGGAAAAGGAUAUUAGCAAUCUUCAAAAAAAGCUGAAAAGGGGUAAAUGUGGUGUCCGUGAAAAUUGGUUUGAGUUCAGAGAGAGUAAGGAUUUUUUUCUUGAUUAGCAACCUAAGUGUUCCAUGAGUUAAAAAUUUAAAAAAGGGGAUUAAAAAUUAAAAACUUCAACCAGCAUGUUUUUUAACUAUAGAUUUGGCUGUUUUAGCUUAACGCAAAUAGAUUCCAACAUUCUCUGAUUAACUACUCAAUUUUGGUUCAAGCCAUUAUUUCAUCCACGUCAAAGCUUCUUGUGCAUAUGUCAGGGUAAACCAGAAUUUUCUUUGUCUACCAUGAAAAAUAAGGCAAGGUCUGGCUCGUCCCAGUCGUCUCUAUUUGGAUCGCACGCGUAACCGAGGGGAGCGCGAGGAGUGAUGGGAAGGAGGAAAACGAAAAGGAGUGUCGAUCAAUCACGUUUUCCGGCCAAACUGACGCUGGUUCACGCGCGCGCACUACUUAGUACUGAGAAAGUCGUGCUCGUCUGAGAAUCUAAAGGUCUCUGUCGUCUCUACUAUUAAGAGGAGACUGAGAGACGACUGGGGACGAAUCAGGGGCAAGGUAACGACUGAAAUUGAGAAUCAAACUUGGUUGAAUACUGAUUAAAAGUUAAAACUUAGAACGAAUUUUACCUAUAGCACAUCCACUGAAACAAAGUUGUAUGGUUUAUUCAUAGAAAGAUAAAGAGCUGGAAAAAAUGCAAAACCUGCUCAAUGCAAGAUGUUCUCAAGUUGAAAAGCUUCAAAACAAUCUUAACGAUCAGACUGAGAAGUUGGAAGCUCUCAAGACCCAAUUGCGCUCACUCACGGAAGAACUUGACUCUGUUCAGGCAGAGCAUGAACGAUGCCAGCAGAACGCAAAUGGGACCAGUAAUCUGCAAGACCAAGUUCUAGAGUUGGAGCAUUUACUGUCACGUGAAAAGUCAAAUACCGAGGUCAUGAUGCGCGCGUUUCAAGAACAAGAAGAACAGUGGGAAAAAGAACGAGUUAAGUUGCUAUCAGUGGCGAAGAAUGACUCGGAGAGUGAACAGUCCUCAAUUUUUGCUGAGGAGAAUGCUCAGUUGAAGAGAAAACUGGAGGAGCUGCGAAAUGAAGUAAGCGUCAAAGAAAGGGAUUAUCUAGAAGCGUUGCGGCAAACUGAGAAACGGGUUUCUUCUGCGACAAACCAGAAAACAGACUUUCAAAGCAAAAUAAGAGAACUUGAAUCUCAGUGCGAGGAGUUGAAGUACCGCCUGAAGCAAAAAGAUGAGGAAAUCUUUGUAAAGGAGGAGAGUUUGAAGCAAAUCAAACAGGAAGUAGACAACCUUGAGGCCAAGUAUGCCGCGGCAGGGGACGUGGAACGUGAGUUGCGGCAUCAUCUUGGUGAAGUCACCCAGCAGCUGGAGUGGAGCAAGGAGGUGAAAUCUGGGGAGACAGAGGGCAACAACGAACAUUUGGAAGCCUCUAAAGAAACGUUGACACAAGCACUUAAUGAAGCAGAAAAAGAGGUAUAA